AUGCCCGGGACGAUCUGGAUCGACGACGAGGAAGCGCUUGUCUUCGACUUCGAGGCCGCGCUGCCUGCGCUCCUCGCCGCUGCUUCGACGGCGCUGCCGCAGGACGAAGAUGCGAAGAAGGACUUUAAGCGAGGUACAGUCGUCUGCCGGCAUUGGCUGCGCGGCCUCUGCAUGAAGGGCGACAACUGCGAGUUUCUGCAUCAGUUCGAUAUGUCCAAGAUGCCCGAGUGUCGAUGGGGCAUGGAGUGCCAAGUGCCCGAGUGUCCCUUCCGCCACGUGCCCGACGAGGACCGCAUGGAGUGCGCGUUCUACAAGCAAGGCUUUUGCUCCCAUGGCAGCGCGUGCCGGUACCGCCACGUCAAGCUGCCGCGCGACGAGUGCCCCGUCAUCGCCGACUUUGGCCUCCAGAGCAAGGCCGCCGAAGAAGAGAGCGCCAAGCGCCGCAAGACACAGCCCGUGAACGAGUUCUUCAAGAUCGCGAUCUGCAAGCACUGGGAGAAGCAGGGUACAUGUCCGUUUGGCGACGAGUGCCAUUUCGCCCACGGCGAGAAGGAGCUGCGGCCGUUCCCCAAGGAUGCGGGGAAGGGCGACCACCACCAUGGCGGCG